AUGAUUGAUGAGUUGGAAAGGAAAGAACAGGCUUUAUCUCAAAGACUCAGAGAGCUGGAGGCCAGCUCGGCAGCUCAUGAUCCCGCUGAAGAAAGCUCAGCUUGGGGUGUAAAAAUAAAUGACUCAAGUUUUACUAUGAACUUACUUACUGAUUUAGUCUCUUAUGCUAGUUUUAUCGCACACCUAUUCUCCGAUGCAAAUUGGAGAAAGUCCCAUGCCAGUUUGCUGCGAACAUUGGCGGAUGCACCAGGCGUGGGAGAGGUAUCGAUAGCUCCUUGCGCACUACCAUCCGCGGCAGAAACGCAGAUGCUUUUUGAGAAAUACACUAAUCAAGAUAGCUUGAGCUGGGCACAUAUCCAGAAUCCGUUUCUCCUCCGCCGAAGCAUCUGGGCACUUCAUCAACGUCUGCUCAAUAACCAGGACGCCUCUGCUCCUGUGGCUAACCACGACCUGUUCAGAGCAUUUAUGCUUUGCGCUAUUGGCUCCGUGCUGCCAUAUCGGAACAGGAUACAUGACCGGCAUCCGGGAGCAUAUUACAACGCUGCAUUGCAGUAUCUCGGGACUGAGUUUCUGACUAGAGGGCUAGACUCUGUGCAGGAUCUACUACUUAUAUGUAGAUUUGGAAUCUACCAUCCAAUCGGCACAUCUGUAUGGGAUGUUGUUAGGGUCUGUGGUCGUCUUUGCAUUGAGCUAGGGCUGCACAACAACCCGAACGUACAGGGCGACCUACUUCAAACGCAACUUAGACGGAGGAUAUUCUGGCAAUUCUACCUUAUUGAUAGGUACAGCUCCACAACACUAGACCGACCGUUUCUCAUCGACGACAACGAUAUCAGCACCAAAUUCCCUGUUGAGACAAGCGACGAAGAGCUCGAAGCAGCUAACAACCAAGUCCAAUGCCUCGACUCAUUUGGCAUCAACCAUGAACCCAAUGUACAGAAUGAGAUGACAGUGUUCUUCGUUUCAGUGAAGCUCCGACAGGUGUCAUCACAUAUCCAGACCGAGUUCUCCAAGUUACGGCGCAAAGUUAUUGAUUCCCCAUCCAAACGUCUUCUUCCGGGUCACAUUCACGUGGCAAUGACCAAACUGUUGCAAGAGUUGCAGGAUUGGAGAAAUAAUUGCCCCAUCAUUCAAGAGCCUAGCUGCCUGUAUGAGACUCAAGAAUGGUACGACCUUUUGCUGGCUCGAGAGCGGCAAUCUGUCUUACGAAGAGCUAUAGACCUUGUGCCAAAAGUCAAUGGAUCGCCGCCAAAAGGGAUACUGACCGUCUUCCUGAGAUCUUCCCUAGAGACUAUUGAUCGGUAUCACAGCCUAUGGUGUAUGAAGAGAACCAUGAUGACACAUACGCGAAGCUACUUUCAUAUGCUGUUCACUGCAGGAUUGUCUGUCAUGUACUGCACAUCAGUAUCAAAGACGAUCGCAGCAGACGACUUGCGUGCGUCAUAUCAAGGGUUGCUACGGUGUCGAGAAUUGCUGAAUAGCGUUACUAAGCAGCUUCCUGAUGCUAACAACUACGUCUCUGUCUAUGAGGCACUGUUUCGUGAUGUAUCACAAAGGCUGUGGCCAAAGGAAAGUGAGACAAGUCUUCCAUCUGAUGCAUCUCUGGUAGCACCAGCCACCUCUGCAGUUCCAAGCUAUCCUCAUGAUCUUGGGAACUUUGCCAACGGAUUGCCUCAGCAUAUACUGACAGACUCACUACCUUCUGACAUGGAUAAUAUGUCGAACUUUGCAACGAACCGCAACUUCUUUGAUGAGAGCGUACUUGACCCUGUGAGUCAGUUUAGAGCUCCGAUGCAAACAGACAAUGACAUCAAUCUUGAGGGAAUUAAUUGGGCGCUUAUGAGUUACGACUCACUAUGGAAUAUGGAAUCUGCCUUGGGCCAGUAUGUUUAUGGAGACCCUACUAAUACUGGUGGUUGGGAGGGAUUUGAGUUUUAG